GUUUAAACUAAGUACUGUGUUAUUGUAUGCAUAAAUGUGGGCCAAUCAAAAUUAAAUAAAAAAUUAAAUAAUUAAAUAAAUAAAUAAGGGUAAUUUAGUAAUUUGUUUAGUAACUUCCAAAAUUAAUCCCUAUAAUCAUGGUAGACUUUUUAACCUAAUCUCUCCUGUUUAAAUCUCGUUCCCCUCUUUUAUCUAAAACGCCGAUCUGAUCUCUCCUGUUUAAAUCUCGUUUCACUCUUUUAUCUAAAACGCCGAUCUACAAAGGAAAAGGGAUGCGAGUAGCAGCAUGUGGCGUGAGAUUAGAAGAGAGAGCGAUGGGUGAGACCAGAAGAGGGUCCGACGAUAGGUGGGGUUUCGGUGGCAUUGGCUCGACGGAAGAAGAAGAGGUGGGUGCGGGUUCAUUUAGAUCAAUGCUUCCGACCUCCAAUCUCCACCGCCGCCAGCAUUCCGAUCAGAAUUCAAUUUCAGAUUCGCUGUUGGUGGGAUUGUUCGCAUCAAGACAACAGUUUACAAGACCCAAAAAUUUGAUUUUUAAACCUCCGAUUCUGAUUUGA